GACAGAAUUCAUACAUUAAGGACUAAUUUAAUCAUUUUCUCCUACUAUUUUUUUAAACUUUGGGGUUACACAUUUCACAAGUUACCAUUCAAAUCGGUAUUAACAAAAGCUGUUAAAAUAAUACAUAAAGAGAGAGAGAAAGACCCGUCCUUACCACCGCUUUAUGUCUUUACGAACCCCUCAAACCUUCACCCACUCUUCUUCUUCUUCUUCCUCAGUUAUGGCCUCUGCCUCUUCACUUUUUUCUCAAAACCCCAUUUUUUCUUCUUUACAUUACUACUACUUCUCUUCUUCCUUUAACUUACUUUAUUAUGGGUUAUCUUUCAUGCAAUGCCGAAUCCGCUAUUGCCACCUGCGAUUCUUGGAACUUCAAAAAAUCUCCAACUCAUAAUAAACCAUUUACAAUCAGAGAGUUUUCUUACUCUGAUCUUCACUCUGCUACUAAUGCAUUUUCUCAGGAUAAUCUUCUUGGUAAAGGAAGCCAUGGAUAUGUAUACAGAGCUCAUCUUAAUCAAACUAAGCUCAGUGUUGUAGCUGUUAAAAGGGGUAAAUUAACUGAACCCCGUAACAGUUGUACUAAUUCUCCGGCGGAAAAUGAGAUUGAGAUUCUUUCUAGAGUACACCACCCUCGGUUAGUUAACUUGUUGGGUUAUGCGGUGGACUCGAAUCAGAAUAAAUUGAUUGUUGUCGAGUUUAUGCCUAAUGGGUCUUUGUAUGAAUUGCUUCAUUCUCAUACUAAACCUCCUAAUUGGACUCGUCGUGUUCGAUUUGCUUUACAAAUUGCUAGGGGUGUUCAUUUUUUACAUUCUUCAAAUCCGCCGGUGAUUCAUAGAGAUAUCAAGUCUUCCAAUAUUCUAAUCGAUGGGAAUUUCAGUGCUCGUCUUGGUGAUUUUGGGUUGUCUUUGAGAGGUCAUGUUGAAGAUGUCGUCGUUAAAAGUACGCCGCCGGCGGGUACGUUGGGGUAUUUGGAUCCUGCUUAUCUAGCACCGAGUGAUCUCAGUACAAAAUCUGACGUUUUCAGCUUUGGGAUUUUAUUACUAGAGAUCAUUAGUGGCCGGAACGCAAUCGACGUGAAUUACAGUCCGCCGUCAGUGGUGGAUUGGGCUGUGCCGUUGAUUAAAUCCGGCGAGUAUACAGAGAUUUAUGACCCGAGACUCACUUCACCGGAGGACGACGGAGCUUUACGGCAGCUAGCAGUAGUAGCAGCGCGUUGCGUCCGUAAGACGGCGGCGAAACGGCCGGCGAUGGCGGAGGUGGUGGAGUGGUUAAAACUGGUGUAUAAACGAAUGAGCUCGCCAAUAUGGAAUAACAUAGGGCGGCGAGUGGGGCGCGUGAGGGAAUCAACGCGCGUGGUGAAAUAUGAGCCGUUGGAUGAAAGUAUGGAAAUAGUUAAGAUCUCGAGAAUAGGAAGUAGAAGAAAUAGGAAAGUAUCCAAUGUGACGACCACAGAAUUAGGAAGUGCUGUGAUUGGUCAAAAAGUAAAACCAGUAAUUAGAUCGAAAUCUAUUGGUUCACUUGGUGAGAUUGCAUCUGAACCGUUUGAUCUGGCUAAUAACAAUAAUAAUCAGACGGUUAGGAGGAAAGGAGGAUUGGCUGUGAAGAUGCCUACAGUAAGGUUGAGUAAGUCAAGAUCAAUGGGCAUGAUACAAAGUAGUACAAGGUUAAUGCACAAGAAUAAUAGUAAUGGGGUUGUGGUUAAGUUUGUAAAGAAACCAAACGGAAAAGAAUUAGAGGAGUCUAAAUUGCUAGUUGAUGUAGGAAAAGAGCGCACUUGAGCCAAGGGUCAUUCGAAAACAGUUUCAGAAAUUAGGAAAAAGAACGCACUUGACCUUUCUGAAAUCCUAUUUAUGAGAUUUCACUGGAUAUGUUGUUGUUUUCGUCGAGAAAGAUCUCCAAAAGGAGAGUAAUUGAUUGUAUUAUCAUUUUUUUCUUUGCUUGUUGUAUUAUUCAUUUCCUUGCCUUUUUGUUGUAACUUUAGACAUUUGUAAUAUUUUUUCUCACCAUUAAGAUCACUCUCUUGGAAGAGCUAUAUUAAAUUCAUUCAUGGCUUGAAAGAGAAAUUUGUAUUUGCUCAUAGAAUUGAAAUCUAAUAUACCUUGUUGAGA